AAUUAAGCAAAAUGCAGAGAAAUUGGUAUGAAAAGGCAUUAAGAGAAAAUUAAACGGCUACAGUGUAAUGGUGAGACGUCAUUUCCUGCAGUCCUGCAUGUUUUGAAAAGUGCAAGCAAUCCCAUUCAUUGUGCUAAGAGUCUUCUAUAGGCCUCUCGUGGUGCCUGUGGGAGAAAUGUUUUAAAUGCCUUUUUGGCAUUUUUAGGCCAACAACAACGUAAUGUGUAAAAACAUUAGCAACAUAAGCAAUACAAUUAAUUAAUGUUGUAGUUAAUAAUAAUAAUAAUAAUAAUAAUAGAAAAAGUUUGACAGUUUAUAGUUUAUUCACUUAAGGCCAACAAUAACUUUACAAUUAAUAAUAACUGACAUACACAAUCAUUUUUACCAAUACACUUUAUUCGUAAAUUUAACAAGACGAUCCAUAAUAAACAAUUAACUGAGCGUGCGCUGGAAAAGGGGGAUAAAGGGAAUAACAGUUGGUGUGGAAACCUUAAUUUGAUAAACUCAAAUAAGGUUUUGUUGAAAUAACAGGAUGUUUUCGACAACGUGAGAAAAGCUCCACCCCCCCACACAGUAGGCUAACCUCUCUUUCCUCUAAACCUCGAGAAAAGCUUUUUAAUGAUUCAAACAGAAAUUUCACCAGAACGAAAGUCUUUAUUACACCAAAAUAGUAUGAAUAUUAAUUCAUAGAAUUAUGCAAUAAAACAUAAUUAAAAAAUAAAACAUCCAAAGCAAAUAACUUCGUUAAAUGUUAACGUAUGUGCGUGUAGGCUAAACAUGAAAUGCUAGGUAAUUACUUCGAGACAAACACGUAAAUCUAUCAAAUGUAGCCUUUUCAGCCCCCUGUUCUGCCAGGAUUUGAUUCGCGCACAGCUAGGAGCUUUAAAAUGUGUUGUGGGGGCAUGAGUCUGUCAGACCUUUUGGCAAGUAAGAUUGAUCAUGCGCAGGCCUAGAACUCUUUGUUUAGUAUAUAACCACUAAAACUACAAACGACCAGAACACUUUUUCGUAACGUUUAAACAGAAUCCGCAUACAUUCCACAAAUAGCCUACUACACAGAAAGUUAAAUCGUUAACAACUUUUUAAAAAUGUUAUAAAAGUGCGUCAUAACACGCCAGUUCACCUAUUACAAUUCAUUACCUUAGCAGACGCUAAUAUCUAAAGUAAAUCAAGAUCGUAAUGGAGCAAUUUGUUACAGAUCCAGCAAUUUUCACUGCAGACUAUAGCAAACAAUGUUAAGUUUAGUGAAACAACGGAGAGCACAGAUAAGGUGUUUUGUGAAAUUAAGUUUUAGUAUACGUCCUCACUGACCAAACAUUACGGUUGUGCAUGCUUAUUAAGGCUCCAAUUGAAUAUGGUAUGAAGAAGCAUAUAAUUUAUUUACUGAGGACAACGCAGUACCUCAUUGAAACGAGAUUGAAUAAGAGACUGUGCAUCCUUCAGAAUUUUAAAUAUAUACGAAUUAAUCUUUCAUGAUCGUGUUACAUUGAGGUACAGCAUAAGUCAUUUACAUGAGGCUCGUUUUAUAAAUAUGUGUAUGUAUAUGUAUUCUAUGCCGGUUCUUUAUAUUUAUAACAAUUGUCUUUAAUAGCCUUAAUCUUACGAAACAACAAUAGCAUAAACGUUACGUCAAAUGUGUGGGGAAAAUACGAGAUUUUAUUCAUGUGUGUUAUUAAUAAUAUGAGACGAGCUGAAAAUCUGCCUUUUUAGGGCAAAUGAGAUAAAAAAAAACAACAUAUCAGGCAUAACUUAGCCUCCUUGGUUAAUGUAUUGGGGCAAGACCCCCUCACAUACCAGAUUAAACGACUAUUGACUUUGGUUUUUUAAAAUUGAGGAUGCCUUUUUAAUGACCAUAGCAUCAGUAUCUAUCAUGAGAGUGGAGUUGCUCAAGAAAGUUCUACGGAUUGAUCUGAACAUUUGAAUAAACCACAAAUUGCCAUCAUGUAAUGGUAAUCGUGUGAAAUUUCAAACUAGCUUUGAAUGCAAUUUUGUCAUAAACGGGUAUAAUUAUCUUUCUUAAUAACUGUUUCCCCAAUAUAUAGCCUGUUACUAUGUUAAAAUUAAGAGCGAAAAAUAACGUCAGCAAAACCGGACUCUUCUUAAUUGGGCUCUCCAAGCGUCAAACAACAGGUUAACUUUGAGCGUGAGACGGAUUUAAUAGUCGGCCAUCGCUAGCGGAGUGCCUUGUUUUUCCUCUGUUGAUGGUUCAUUUCAGAAGUCAUCAAUCAAAUGCUCAGCACUUACGAACCCUCACCCUCUCAUCCUUCCUCCUUUCGAGCACACCGUCCAAAUCUUGAGUCACGGGAGUCAGCCGCGCCAUGUAGGGCCUCGGCAUAGUUUAAAUUGUGAAAGCUCAUUGCACGCCAGUUAACUAAAGCCAUUGGAUGCGCGGGGGAAAAAGACCAACAAGAAAACUGCCCUUCCACACGAAAGGGCUAGGCCGGUAUAUUUUGCUUCUCACCAAAAGGUAAGUUUUAAAAGAACUAGGGUAAUUUAAGGUCAUUCUUUACAUCUGCUAUAUAAAUUAUUACCCAUAGCCUGGGUGAAAAUGCUGCAAAAUGUCUGACUUUCAGAUUAUUUCGAAUCGAUAAACUUAAUCUGACAUGUAAUGAAGAAUGAUAGAUUGCUGUUAUAGCAUAAGUGGCGCUCAUGCAUUCAUUAUAAACUGCUAGUCAGUACCACCAAGACUGCAUGCUGUUUGCGUCUACAGUGUUUUUCUUUACACUUUUAAGUUAUUCUAGGUGUUGUCGGGCAUUGCUAUGUUACAUAUUGUUAAUUUUGAAACAACUGCUCUUUUGUUAACUAAUUUUCCAGGCUCACAGGAGCUUCCCGAGGGUGGUUUGUCUUGUAGAGGAGGAGGCUGGCGCCGCCUGAGAACAGUACCCACAAACACACAGCUUUUGGAUCUGGAAGGAGUAUCACUACAAAAACCUUUGCCGACGACGCCGUGUGGAAAUAGCCACACUGCUCGAGCUAGCGGAACGUUAGAACAAAGUCCAGCCAAAAUCUGGUUCUAAAACCGAAAAAUAAAAGAUAAACGACAAACCAAAACUAUAGACAUCUACGGAGAACUAGGCAAGACAAACGUCGAUGAGGGUGGUGCGCAGAGCGACGAGGAAGCCUCCAUUUGUGGCCCAAGUCAUGGCAGAUUGGCCGUUGUGGACGGAGUCGAGCUCAAUUUAAAACAACCUGUCAUCCGUCGCCGGAAAGCCCUGUAAUGAAAACGACAUGCAGUUUUGAAAUGUUUUCUAACAGAUAAAUGGAAAAGCAUCUGAAAAGAAUUUUCAGUCAGUCACCAAGUGCUCUGGAAAAGGGAACAAUAAUGCGCUAUAGCAAAAAAUGUGCCACCCUGGACAUCCGCUUUUCUCAGCACAUUAUGGAUAAGUAUGUGAAGGAGAUAAACUUUUUCGAUCGACUCAUGUUUGUCUGAUGCAGUUUCACCAACGCUACACAUCUCUGUGAACACAGGAGAUUUACCAACGUGCACUUUUUUCUUUACGGAUUCAUUUACGAAAUAAAACCUCAUGAUUAUCAGGUGGAUCAGUGGACAAAUGUGAGGAUGAAUACGAAGUUCACAUUUUUAAAAGUAAUAUUGUUUGCAGGAUAUGUCUGAUAUACGAUUAACUGACACGCUUAUCAAAAACUUGUCGAAGGUAAGAUCGCAUUGUCGUAUUGAGUACCGUAUUUAAUGUAAUACAACAUAAUGCAUUCAUUAGAAGUUUGGAUUCCUUUUAUUUUUGUAUUUUGUUUAUUUUGUUAGGAAUAAACAUUAUUGGUAACAAUUGGGUCAAGACGGUAUUGUUUUAACAUGUCACGUCACACAAAACCAUUAGCCUAUACUUGUAUACUUUUAUUUGCACUCGCUAUGGUACUUAAACACAUUAUACUGAUUAUAAAAUUAAGCAAAUGAAAAUUAUAGAAUGUUCUAUGAAAACAAUAUCAAGUAUCUGAACAAAAGUCAUACCUCAGCUUUUAUAAUUUGUGUUAAAAGAUGUCAGCGCUGAUUUUGUUAUUACGGUUUAUGGAAAAUACAGGAAACAAUUUUGGAGAAGACUAAAAUAUAAAAUAGCUAUAAUUUCCUUAAAUUUGUGAAAAAUUGUUAACUGUGAAAUUAACAAAACUAUAACUAAUCCUAAUCCAUUUGAUAUUUCUCAAACUCCUAUAAAAACUUUUUUUAAAUGUUACAAUUUAUGCAGCAAAACCGUUCAAACGCGUCACCUUCGCCAAAGUUGGCUCUUUGUCUCGUACUCUUUUCUCUGGAUCGUCGGGAAAUACCGAGGAGGAUUGUUUUCAUGAAACGAACUCAUAAAUCAAAGUCUUCCAGAAAAGCUGACAGCAUCCAGACAAUCGGUGCCUGUGAAAAUCUGCCCAAAUACGUGAUUUAUUAACCGUUAACCAUUAUAAAGAUUUUGGAUUCUGCGCAGCCCACGUGGACGGUUAAUAAUAAUUCAUUAUUAUUGGCGUUUACACCCCGUCUUUAGGAUUACAAAAAACACCCAUACAACAUAUUUCACAGCGCGCCAUGCCCAAUUUUCUUAGUCUUUUUACUUUUUGUCCUGAUUGAAAUAACGUGAAAAAUGUUUAUAAUGUCUUUAUUAAAAAUGUUUUAAAAUGUAUUUUCUUCAUAUGAAUAAAGAAAAAUAUAAUCAACUACGAGAGUUUUUAUUUUCAUAGAUUUUCCCCCACAACUGACUGUGACUGAACAUUUGGCCACUAAGUGGUUAUACCGUUUUUAUAAACUAUGAUUCCAUUUCAUUUCAUUAUUACUCGGAAUCACUGCAGUAAGGGCAUUUCACUUUAUAUAUAUGCUGAUAUUUUUUCUUGACUUGUUUGUCAGGCAUAUUGCUGAAAAAGAGAGAAGAUGGGAUAAGAAAUACUAGGCCGUAGAAAGCUUGUAAAGCGCCAUUUUGAAAAAAGAAAAAAAAAAGGUAUAAAAAUGUCCAAUUUUCUCCAGAGGGGGCGCGUGUCUCCUCUGCUCCACUAUGAUUUGGGGAAUAUUGUCUUCCCUGUGAUAACUGAUCAGGCUGUGAAUACGAAUCACAAAAUGGCAUUCAGCAAAAAAAAACGGAAAUGCUGCUAAUUUAUUUAUUUCAACAUGUAACUAAGUUCAUACACUUAGUAUACAUAUAGCCUACAUAAAUAGCUUAUAGCAGUAAUAAAUCUACAGUGGGCUACAGCCAGUGUUUUUAUCAAGUACAAGUCAAGAAUAGUCUUAUUCAAAUACAACGAAUUCAAUUGUUCAGGCUACAACGAACAAAAUAACAAUACGAUGAGUGGUAGUCAGUUUACCAUUCUGAUACACUCACUAAGUUCACGAGCGCUGAUGCACUGCAGCCUAUAGCAGCUUAACAAACAAGCGAUGACUUAGGAUGCUACCCUAAUUGUGAACCAGAAAAAGAUACUCACUUUACAUAAUUUCUCUGUGGUUUUGAGUUCAUCUUACCUGAACCAUUUCUUCAAAAAAAAUUCCUCACACCGAGAUGCUGAUGCUGCCGGGACGCUGUCUGUGAGACAACGUCCCUCUUAGCUCAUCUGCCAGCGAAUCCAUCCUUUCAGCAGGGGUAAAGGUGGGCCUACGUCACGUUGAUCGACAAGAGGUCGGCAUUUACAUAAGCCUUGUCUUUAACGACAACCUGUCAGUGCAAGGCCACUUAAGAUCAAGAUGAGACAGCACAACUGAUCACUGGCUGACCCAGCCCACGUGACUGUCACUGGUCAUUCAUAUCACUAGCGCCCGGACAAUCCACGACUGAUUGAAGGAGGCAGAGGGGUGCCUCGGCUCAACCCAGGGUGAAUGGUGCGACGUUAAUCAGUUCCGGGCCCAAAGUUCUGUCAGUGUGGCAACCACGAGCUGAGACGCCCAAGAAGAUGACACUAUGAGCACAUUCUUAGAUUUUUCGUCCAUAAGUGGUGGUGGAGAUGGAGGUAACGGGGGCUCAUGCUCAGUCAGGGCGUUCCACGGUGAUCAUGGACUUUCAACAUUCCAAUCGUCGUGUGCUGUUAGGCUAAAUAGCUGCAGUGGAGAUGAACGUUUCAUGUCCAAUAGAUCGUCACAAGACGCAAUUAACCCACAGCCACAACAGGCCGGCUCGUACCAGUCCCCCGGGACUCUGUCAAUUACCUACAGCGCCCAUCCAAGUUACGGAACUCAAAGUUUUUGCACUGGAUACAAUCACUAUGCCCUAAAUCAGGACGUGGAAUCGUCUGUGAGCUUUCCCCAGUGUGGCCCGUUAGUUUACUCUGGAAAUAUUUCUUCCACGGUUGUGCAGCACCGUCAUCAUCGUCAUGGUUACAGUAGCGGAAACGUUCACCUCCAUGGCCAGUUCCAGUACGCCUCAGCCACAUAUGGUAAUAGUUCGGAUCAGGCAAACCUUACGUUUGUGGCGGGCUGCUCAAAUCCGCUUUCCCCUCUGCAUGUGGCUCAUCACGAUGCAUGUUGUUCACCUCUAUCAGAUGGCGUGUCCACAGGACAGACAUUUGACUGGAUGAAGGUUAAACGCAACCCGCCAAAAACAGGAAAAGCUGGGGAGUAUGGAUUUGGUGGGCAGCCAAACACUGUACGCACCAAUUUUACGACAAAACAGCUGACAGAGCUUGAAAAGGAGUUUCAUUUCAAUAAGUACUUGACUCGCGCGAGGCGCGUGGAGAUCGCAGCUUCUCUCCAAUUGAAUGAGACUCAGGUGAAGAUAUGGUUCCAAAAUCGCCGUAUGAAACAAAAGAAGCGCGAAAAGGAAGGUCUUUUGACCAAAUCUUCGUCCGAACAGAAAGAUGAUCUCGAAAAACCAGAGGAUGCAUCCGAAAAGUCGCUCUCUGCACCAUCCACGCCCUCUCCUUCACCGACUGUUGAUGCAUAUUCCUCUAAUUAAACUGCUUUCACAUUUGCUUUCAAAUUGUUAACAAUAAUGCAAAAUUGUUUGUGACUCGUCUUAUGGUUAUUUGUACAUCAUGCUUUGACAUUUGUAGAAGUGUGUUUCAGCGACCAACCCAAAACGGUUUCUAAUUCGACCAUUUUGACCGCUCAGUGUUUAUCUGUGCUGUAUUUAUGUCAAUGUGAAAUGACUGUUAAUUGUCUUGGGCACUUUGUCAAGCACCUGGAUAUAAAAAUGUGGUUUGUGCAUUUUUGUGCACAGUAAUAUCAAAUGCUGCACUUUUACACGCGUCUUAGUUUGAACUUGUAAACUACUUGUCAAAAUGCCUACCUCAAGAACCAAAGGAAAUAGUGCAAUACAUUUACGGGAUGUAUUACUAAUAGUGAAUCAGUUGAAUCUGUCGGGAAAGAUUGUCUGUAAUUCACAACUUCUCUGCAUAGUGUUGUUAAUUCUUGUGUUGUGAGUUUUGAAGCAUAGGCAAUUGUUUAAAGUUGUUCUCCGGUGAUGCUGAGUUUUAUCAGUCGCAGUUGAAGGCUUCAUUUAAUUUAGAAAUGCUUUAGAAAAAGAUCAAGAUACGGGUGAAAUCAUGUGUCAAUUAAAAUGUAUCUUAUAACACAACACUGUUUAACUUUUGAUGGUGCUAAUGUCAGUCAACCCUCACAGAAGCAGCUAACUCUAAAACACUGCUGACAAUCUGUCUUAAAUUUUAAACCAGCAAUCAAAGAAGCUAUUAUUUAAUAUUUGUAUUUUUAUUUUGUGGGAUGAACU